UGGCGACGCGCAGACCCCAGGCAAUAGCCCCUCGCUCCGGGAACUGCCCGGCCAUUUCAGUGGAAGGCGCCGACCGUGGAUGCCGCUGGGAAGCUGCGCUCCGGGGCCCGGGAGCCGCCCCUCCGGUGGGAGCUGCGCGCUCGGGCGGCGCUCGGACCCCUCGGCAGCCGCAGGUGCUCGCCCGCCCGCCCCAGCCCAGCCCAGCCCAGCCCAGCCCCGCACUCGCAGUCUCUGAUGCGCCCAGGCAGAACAUCUAGCUAAGACUCCAGAAUUUCUUCUGAAGGAUGAUGAGUGCUCCUGACAAGAUAAUGUAACUGGAGGAUCCAGGUCUGGGCAGACUCGACCAUGGGGGCCAACACUUCAAGCAAACCACCAGUGUUUGAUGAAAAUGAAGAUGUCAACUUUGACCACUUUGAAAUUUUGCGAGCCAUUGGAAAAGGCAGUUUUGGGAAGGUCUGCAUCGUACAGAAGAGCGAUACCAAGAAGAUGUAUGCAAUGAAGUACAUGAACAAACAAAAGUGUGUGGAACGCAAUGAAGUGAGAAAUGUCUUCAAGGAACUGCAGAUCAUGCAGGGUCUGGAGCACCCUUUCCUGGUUAAUUUAUGGUACUCCUUCCAAGAUGAGGAAGACAUGUUCAUGGUGGUAGACCUCCUGCUGGGAGGGGACCUGCGCUAUCACCUGCAGCAGAACGUCCGCUUCGAGGAAGACACAGUGAAGCUCUUCAUCUGUGAGCUCGCCAUGGCUCUGGACUACCUGCAGAGCCAGCGCAUCAUUCACAGGGAUAUGAAGCCUGACAACAUUUUACUUGAUGAACAUGGGCACGUGCACAUCACGGACUUCAACAUCGCGGCCACACUGCCCAAGGAGAAGCACAUCACCACCAUGGCUGGCACCAAGCCUUACAUGGCACCUGAGAUGUUCAACUCCCAAAGAGAAGCAGGCUAUUCCUUUGCUGUUGACUGGUGGUCUCUGGGAGUGACGGCCUAUGAGCUGCUGAGAGGCCGGAGACCAUAUCAUAUUCGCUCCAGUACCUCCAGCAAGGAAAUUGUGCACAUGUUCGAGACCACUAUUGUGACUUAUCCUUCUGCCUGGUCACAGGAAAUGGUGUCACUUCUUAAAAAGCUACUUGAACCCAAUCCAGACCAACGAUUUUCUCACCUGUCUGACAUUCAGAACUUCCCAUAUAUGAAUGAUAUGAACUGGGAUGCGGUUUUGCAGAAGAGGCUCAUUCCGGGUUUUAUUCCCAACAAAGGCAGGCUAAAUUGUGACCCCACCUUUGAACUUGAAGAAAUGAUUCUGGAGUCCAAACCUCUUCACAAGAAAAAGAAGCGUCUAGCAAAGAAGGAGAAGGAGAUGAAGAAAUGUGACUCCUCCCAGACAUGCCUUCUUCAAGAGCACCUUGAAUCUGUACAGAAGGAAUUCAUAAUUUUCAACAGAGAAAAAGUAAAAAGAGACUUUAAUAAAAGGCAAGCCAACCUAGCCUUGGAACAAACCAAAGACCCACAAGAAGCGGAUGGCCAGAAUAACAACCUAUAAAAUCUACAGCCUCUUCUUCUUGGGACAUUUCUCAGCUCCAUAGACCAGAAACUGCUGAUGGUCCAUAUUAGGAAUUGCUGACAGUAGUUCUCACCAUUCCACACCUCACCACUUAGAAAAUGUGAAUGAAUGCCUUUCAAAGGAGGCAGCAUGAUACAAUGAGUCCUGGGCUCCUGGGAUCUAGUCUCACUGCUAACUGUGUGACCUUGAGCAAGUUACCAAACCAUGAUCUCUGCUUCGGUUUAUUCAUUCCAAAUGAGAGCUUUCUACUAGAUGAGCUCAUGUUGCCUUUUUAGUUCUAGCACUCUAUUAUUCUAAGCAGCCUUUAUUUUUAUUUUAAAAAGAAUAUUUGAAUGUAGAUUUCUUUUUUCUAUUCCUUCUAAUUACACUGUGACAAAUAGACAAAUGGACAUAGGGCUUUUCAGAGCUAGAUAACUUCAUAAAGAGGUCAGGAUCUCUGAGCCUGAUCAAAUAGGAGUAAGGAAUUUCAUCAGAAAAGAAUGAAGGUACUAGACAGGAGGUGGCAGAAGUUUCUGAGGACCCUCCAGUGGUGUGCCAGGGUUGGCUUAUACCAGCUAUCAAGAGCCUACCAUACCUCCCUCUUCCCAACUCCAUGUUCAGUGAUGUAGUUUGAUAGCUUGAAAUUAGUGAUGGUGGGUGUAUUUACACCAUGGAAAUUAGCAAAUGCUACACAAUCAGGACUUUUAUUCACUCCCUGCAAGCUGAUUGUUAAACAUGUAUCAGCAUUCCACUGGACUUCAAGCAAACAUGCUCCUAGAGGGCUAAUUGUCCUCUGAAAAUUAUCAGACCUGAGUCUGAAAAGGACCAGAAAAUCAUCACAAUGAAAGCACAUCCGCCUCAUAGUACAGCAAAGUUGCAUCAUUCACAGGGAUUAUGUUCUAAUUAGAAUAUGAGGUAAAAAUGGAAGAUUGUAAAAUUUACCCUUGAAAACUCCUUUAAAUUGCUCAUAAUUUAUACUGAAUACCCAUUCUCAGUGAAACAAUAUGCUGGUUUUAAUAUAUGUUUUAGAUAAUGAAACAAAUCACUUUUUCUUUUGAUUUUGUUCUUUAUUUUUAUUUUGGUCUUGAUUUUGGCCAGUACCAGAUGAAGUGUUAAAUUAUCCAUUUUGUAGACUAGAAUUACACUUAGGACAGUGGGAUGCUCACACAUUUAGGGACCGAAGUCAUGGAGACUGUCAGGGAACAGCAGUGUCAGGUCCUCCCUUGUGUUUACUGCGGGUAAAAUUGCCUGUCUAUUUAAAAUAUUAUCGACAUCUUACACUUUCUUUUUCUUUCUAUUUUAUUUGCCAAGCACAAAAUUUAAUUCACCUGCUAGAUGUGCAUACCCUGUAAUGACAGAUGAUGUGACUUCUGCACUGAUAUGCAGAUGAUCUUUGCAAAGGAACCAUUUUUGGCCACCAUCAGGAUCCCACUGGGGACAGCAUGAAGAAGGGAAGAGGUUUGGGAGGGGACUAUUUUAACCUCUUGGCCAAUCGCCCACCUAAACUUAUCCUUAUGUAUAGAAAGUUUGUGGCUCGCCAAGAGGGCAGUUAGCUGGGAACAAGCAAGACCAGACUGCCACCCUUUUGGGAGGCCAGAUGGAUGGAAAUAGGCUGAAGAAGCGAGGGCACACUGGGGCAGUUAAGCCUGGAUAGAAAGCCAAUGCUGAACUUUAGCUUGGCAUUUACAAUUUUAUCCUCAUUGCAUACAGAAUUUCCAGCAGAGCUGUGAAACGGUGCCUCAGUACUCCAAGAGCUUCUGUUUUGUUUCUUUUUCUCUACACUCCCUACAUAUUAUUUGUCUGUGCCAUUUUGUUUUUUCUCCAAACACUACAAACUCUAAGCACUUGUCCUGACUCAGUUUCACAGAGAGGGGAUGGGUUGAAAACAGCAAAGAAAAGGUGACCAGAUUCUGCUCCAGGCUGGUAAAUCCCAGGAGUGGACGGGGUCCUGUGCUUGUUUACCAAACUCAUCUUUCAUUUGCUUUGAUUCAAGCCCCAAUGAGCUGUGGGCUCACCUCCCUAGUCACCCAGGUCCUUCUCUUGUUCUGACCUUGUUUGCAUCAUAUUAAGGGAAAGGCUUUGGGAGACUUACCAAAGGGCAGAGAUACCUUUAGAGUCUCCUUCACGGUGGAUGUUGAUCAUUUGCACCAUUUCACAUGUUCACAUGCUUUGUUCCUAGAAAGCUACCCAAUACAAUCUCUGUGGUUUGAAUCUCUUUUAUUUCCAAUGAGCUACUUCUGUGCCCAAAGCAUCUGUGUGGGCUUUUAGGAACCACAGACUCACUGAUUAGCACAGCCUCAGACAGGUUAAGAUGACUUUUCAGUCUUUACCAGAUUACAGACACGCAUAUUUGUUAAGUAAGAAAAGAAAAACAAACAAACAAAAAAACCCUGCAUCUAUCAGUGAAGAUCAGCUAAUUAUAAGCAUGGCUCCCCACUAUACAUUUUAAACAGAACAAAAAAGCUCUUCCAAAAGAAAUCUCCCAAAUCUUUAGGAUGAUUGCUAGUUGUCAAAAUCAGAUCCCUUGGUUUUAUUUCAGAACUUGGGCUAAAAUAUAGUAUCCCACCAGGUAGAACAUUUCUGAUCUAGAUUUGUGACAACCAAGCCAAGGGCUAAGAAUUUUAGGAAACAGGGUGACUAUUGCAUCCUCUGGUCUGGUAUUCCUGGAAUCUUUUCCUCCUGACAGCUUCCUCCCUUGCCUCUUUGGAACAUCUGAAAAGUGUGAGCAAGUUUUGAAGACCAGCAGCAUCCUGAUUAUAACCCUAUCGUGCUGCCUCAGCACCACUCACUUCAGCUAACACACUGGGCGGCAGCACUGGUUUUGGUGGAGGCCGUUGCUAGGGCAGGGAUGAAUGUCAGGCUGCAUCAUGCAUUGCUAAAUCAGAGGGAGCUGAUCAAUCAGUGGUCAGGCUUCUUCCAUAGAGUCCUAACCAGAAAUGACCAGACUUCCUAACAUUAGAGCUUUUCUAUGUCGGACGAGUGAAAAAUUAACUAGGAAGAAAGAGUGAUAACAGCUAGCCAGGGACCAGUGUUGCUAAUUUGGGCUGACACAGUAACAGCACAUCUUUAACUCCUCAAAAACUGAACACAGAAAGGCAUGAGAAGCAUAGUGAAUUUCUGUUUCAUUACCCAGCGGCCCUGCAUUUUGUCUAUGUAAAAUCUGUUUCCUUCUCUGUCUGCUGUGAUUACUGUUUACUUUGUUACAAGCUAAGAAUAUCUGAUAUUAAACAUUGACACUAAAAAUCCAGAACCCCAGUUUUCUGUGCUGUUGUCAAUAGGCAGCUGAUCUGGCUGUUCCUGAAUGGGGAGUGAGGACUUCUGUUGAGCUAUAGCAU